GCCGGGGUCAGAGUCCGUUGCGGGGAGCCGGCGACGGGAGCGUGCGGCAGGCGGGGAAGAUGCCCCUGGGGCUGGGGAACAAGAAGAAGAGCAAGGCCAAGGACACCUCCAGGCUGGUGGACAGCGAGGCGGCGGCCCCCCCACCGGCGGCAGCGGCAGCCCCGGCCGGGGCGGGGAGCGCGUCGCGGCUGCAGUUCCACGCGCAGCUGGCGCACGGCAGCCCCACGGGCCGCGUGGAGGGCUUCGGCAGCGCCCGCGAGCUCUACACCAAGGUGGCCGAGGCCUUCGGCAUCGCCCCCGCAGAGAUCAUGUUUUGCACUUUGAACACUCAUAAAGUUGAUAUGGACAAGCUGUUAGGUGCUCAGAUUGGCCUUGAAGAUUUCAUAUUUGCCCACAUAAAAGGAAAACGAAAAGAAGUCGAAGUUCUUAAAUCUGAUGAUAUGCUUGGACUUACCGUUACAGACAAUGGAGCCGGCUGUGCAUUUAUAAAGCGAAUCAAAGAAGGUAGCCUUAUGGACCAAAUCAAAAUGAUCUGCGUGGGUGAUCACAUAGAGUCUAUAAAUGGAAAAGAUGUGUCAGAUUGUCGGCAUUAUGAAGUUGCCAAAAUGCUAAAAGAUCUGGAGAAAGGUCAGGUGUUUAAGCUGCAGUUGAUAGAGCCCAGGAAAGCAUUUGAAGAGAUAGAACCGAGGUCCACAGGUAGAGCUUUGACAGAGGCUAAAAUCUCCAGAGGGAGAGAAACACUUCGGCUGAGAACUAAAGGCCCUGCCACUGUGGAGGAAAUGCCAUCUGAAGUUGAAGAAAAAGCAAUAAAAAAAGUGGAUGAGCUUCUUGAAACAUACAUGGGGAUAAGAGAUAUUGAAUUAGCUGCAACAAUGGUGGAAGCUGGAAGAGACAAGAAAAACCCAGAUGAAUUUGCAGUGGCAUUGGAUGAAACUCUCGGAGACUUUGCAUUUCCAGAUGAGUUUGUCUUUGAUGUAUGGGGAGCAAUAGGAGAUGCUAAGCAAGGACGACUGGAAUGAGAAUUGUGUGUCAAUCCCUAUUCAAAAGUACAAAAUGACUUUCAAAUACAUCAGAAUACUAAUACUUCUAUUGUUAUAAAUCUAGGGUGCUCUGUAUAAGUAUUCUUAUCAGAAAAUUUCUAUUGCAAAGGAAAGUUUUUAACAAAAAUGAAGAUAAAACCAAAGAUUUGACAACUGUACACUUAAAACAAACAAUUUACAUGUAGAAAUCAAUGAGAGGAUUGCGUCAAGGAGAUGUAUAUAUACACGCAUUUUAUGAAAAUUCAUGUGCUUAGAUAUCAAUAUUCUGAAGUGUUUGACAUGCAACAAAAAAUUAGGACUAUUUUAUCUCAUUUUUUAGAAAGGUUUAUAUACUUGAUGGAAAACUACUCAGCAAGACACUGUAGUUCCCUGGUCUUUUCGUGUUCUUAUGUGUUCAACCACACUGAGAGCUGUGGAAAACGUAAAGCUUUAGGCUUUUAUACUGUUUGGCCUGGAUUUAUUUUUUUUCUGUAGACAAAGCUGGGAAGAAGCCACCCUGCUUCCAGAAAAUCUGCAUUCAAGAAAAAAUAUUCCUCUGGGACAUGAGAACUAUGACCUUAAAAUGAAAAAGACUUUAAUUUUUGGUCACAAUACACACUGCCUAGGUAUUUCUCAAAUGAUUAAUUAUAGUAGAAAUGCCUAAAACAGGAAUCUGCUGCUUUAUUCAGAUGCCAUGUUAUCACAAUAGCAGCUGCAUAAGAAGAAACAAAUGUUAAUUUUGGUUAGUAUUCAGAUAUUUGAGUAAUAUAUGUAAUCUUACACUGGAGACUGUAGUAUGUGACUAAGUGCUUAAUUAAUCUUUGCAUAUGCUAAAUGCCUUGCUGAGAUCCUGUGAAGUUCCCCCUUUGUCUUGUCUGUUUUUUUCAACAUGUCAACAUAGAGCUAUUUAAGGUGUUCAAAAUCAGCAGAUACUAUUGUAAAGUCACAGUCACAGUUUGGAUGAAAAUGUGUGCCUAAAACCUAAACAAUAAACUAAAUUCAUUUUAGAUGUUAGGAUUUCAAAUUAUACUGUACAUAAACAUUUAUUUUAACUGAUGGUGUUUUACUAAUAAAUCUCAGAUUAUUAAAAAUGAACUGUCUCUUUUAACAUAUCUGCUAUGUCUGCAUUUAUCUUCCUGUUCACUCUGUGUUUAAUCAAGAGCAACAUUUUGUUUUUACUCAGAACUGUAUUCUUUUUCAGUUUUUGCUGUGCUGGAUUCUAAUCAAGACUGAUAUUUGCUUGUUUAUUUAGAAAACACUAUUUUCAAGAAAUUAUUGCAGUUAGUGAUCCUGAUUAAAUAUAUAUAUAUAUAUAUAUACACACAAUAUAUAUAUAUAUAUAUAUAUAUGCAAUUUAUAUUUUAGCCAAAGAACAUAUAAUGAGUAUCCUUGAAAAUGAAAUUGAACAAAAAUAUGGGGCCUGACUAUGAAGUCUUAUAAACACAGUUCUCUGGUCUUUUAAGGGGGAUAAUCUUCAAUUUCGUAAAUGCUAUUUUUGUUUUGAAUUGUUUUGCUCCUCUAUCUGUAAUUUAAGGAAAUGCUUUUGUAUAAUUGAGAUAUUCCUUUUUAUGAAAUAGGUAGUACAGAGAUGUAUGGAGGUCGUACAUUAUAUUCUAUUUAAGAAAGUUCAUAGGUUUCAAAAUUUCUCUUCUAUGUACUAGUGCCUCAUAUCGCCAGUAUCAGCAGGGAUGAAAUAUGCAUUUAUCUUCAAAUAGAUGUAGUAGUUAUUUCUGUAUGAAGAAAUACAUACAGAUACAAACAUUUAGGCUAUUUUCAAGCUAUGAGUAGCAAAAAUGUAUAGUUUUACAAGAAAAUUUGAGUUAGUAAAAAUAAAUCAUAAUUAAGCUUUGUAAGCAGGUGGUUAAAUUUUAUAAAUCCCACUGAUCAAAUGGGGCCAUGAGAAUAUUAUUUUGAGAAGCAUAAUUUUAGGGAGGAGAGUACAGGUUGGAUAACUUUUCUCUGUAUCUAGUAAUUGUGAAUCUGAGCUCACAAUCUUCGGCUGCAGUUGAGCCCAUCCUCUCCCUUGCACUCUAACUAAGGUACUCUUGGUAAUGAAGGGCUAAAGUAUUGUGGACCAUAUAAUUUAUUCUUUAAACUCCUUUUCAUUGAAAAGAAAAAGUGAAAUGUCAGCAAUGAAGUGCUGAGAGUUGGUGGUGUUUCCAUGUCCACUUUGGUUAUAUAGAAAUCCCAAAUGUCAAAUUUUGUGAAAGUGUUGGAAAAUGUUUAUAUAUGCUAAUGUUAUUAAUCAACAUGCCAUUGAUUAUAAAAAUAAAUAAUUCCUUCUAAAAAAAAAAGCAAUAAACUGUACAUUGAAGGAGUUAAAUUAUAAAACAAUAAUAAAAUGUUAUCUAUAGCAGA